GGUCGUCGUCACUUGUCCUUCGGCGAUCCAAAACAAAACAUCUCCAGGCUUUCACAUGUUUGGAGGGGCUGCGAGCUUUGCGCAACAACCAAGCGACCGUCAAGCGUAAAUUUGAAGACAACGCAUGACACGCGAUUCCAACCGUUGACGAGCCGUCAUUUCUUCUCAUCUCAUCUUGGACUCCGACCUCUGCAGCUCUGUUUCCACCUGUCUGCGAAUAACGACUUUCAUUACAUUCCACCAGCACCACUCCACGACGCAGGGCCUUGAUGGUAUCGCAUCGCACGGCGCCUUAUUGUUGUGACCCCUCAGUCUUGCCAGGAUCAUGGUGAAGGCCGACAUCAAACGAAACUACUAUGCGGACCUGGAACUGCCCAACGAUGCCUCCGUCGAGGAUAUCAAGAAGGCAUACCGCAAGCUCGCUCUAAAAUAUCACCCCGAUCGAAACCCCGGUAAAGAGUCCGAAAUCGUGCCCAAGUUCCAGGCCAUCCAGGCCGCUCACGAGAUCCUCCACGACCCGAUAUCAAAAACACGAUACGAUGCAGACCGCAGGAAGGCAGGUCUAGGUGGUGGUGCCUUCACAAAACCCAACGUGCCGCCGAGGAGCUCUGGGACCAACCCCAUGUAUCAGGCUACAUCAAACUUCCCUCCACCGCCCAGGCGUACUCCGAACCCUACCGCCUCAUGGCGUAGCACAGCAUCCGGCAGUUCCGGCGCAGACCGGUUCACAAACUUUCCCAAGCCCGCUCCUACGAGCAAGAAGAACCCAGCCGACCCUUCAAAUGUCUUCAAUGCAUGGCAGAACAUGAAAUCGCAGACUGGUACUACUCCACAGCCACCGCCACGCCCAUCUCCUAAGCGACCGGUACCCAAUCCACCCCCGAGACGAGAUACACGCUACCCCACAGAGGAGGACAUUCGCGCGGGCAUGAACUACCGUGCUCCUCCACAGCCCGCCAACAAUAGCAAUAACAACAACUUUGGUGGCUUCCGCUCUGCCUGGGCCGAGUACAAUGAAGCUGGGGCAAGCAAACCCGGUGCUUCAGCCUCGUCCCGUACGCCGAAGAAAGGUGGUUUUGAUCCUUCUUCGACCGGCGACGAGGGUCAAGCGGGAAGCACAGCCAACUACUCAUCAUCUAGGAGGAAGUCCGCAGACCCACCUUACUACCCACCUCCACCCCCACGCGCUACAUCACAACAGACUAACCCCGAGGCUCCCUUCGAAAGCUACCGCUCAAGACCAGCCGACGCAUUUGAGGAAACACCUCGAACAGCCAGUAAUUCCCAUGUGCCCAUGGCUUCAGAAGGAAGACCAGGAUUCCGUCAAUCGACGCGCAAGGCGGGUACGGGCACAGCAAGAAAGCCUUUUGUCGUCUACAGCUCGAGCGAAGACUCGGAGACUGAAGACGACUCCGCUUCCACGACUCCUGACACUGCACAGGCGAACCCUCCACCUCCGGCAGCUGACCAGUCGGCUGAUCCGUUCGGACGGUCAUUUACCCGUCCUAAGAAGACACCCAACCCGCCGAGCAGACAGUUCAAGAAUGGUGUACCCCACAAAGCUCCAGGCGAGGCCGGUGGAAGUACCAACUCAGGUCCAGACGCAGCAGCCGAUGCUGGCGAAAAGGACAAACCAACAAUAUUUACUAUGCCCAUCAAUGCUGACACCUUCAGGCCCAACAUGGCCAAAAGCCGGAGCGAAGACAGUAUCAAUACAUCUUUCGUGCCGUCACAGUGGGCAGGCGAUUUUACUAGUAACAAUGUUUUUGCUGCUGCCCAAACCACGACAACUGGCCGCAAGUCUGCUACGCCCUCGCGCAAGAGUUCAAGGGCCUUCCGACAACAACCGAGGGCCAACACCUUCCACGAAACAUCACAGCAGAACAGCAGCGAAGCUGCCCAAGAAUCUGCCGUGCCAUCACCUCCUCCACCUCCGGCCAAGUACUCGCCCGAGGAAUGGGCGAAACACUUCCAGGAUGCGUCGUGGGCAUUCGACCCCAAUGUCCUUGGACGCUCAUCGCCUGGCAAGUCUGAAUCGAAAACCACAUCUAGAAGCAAUUCGACCGCAAUCAGAAAGGGUUCGAGAGUCGCCAACAAGAUCCCGGUCAACACACCAAAGCCUGCAACGGUGGCAGAUGAGGAGGAAGAGGCUGCUCCACGAACACAGUCGCCGGAUGAAAUGGACGUUGAUGACGCUCCACCAGCCGGACCACCUGCUGCACCCCAAGCUACAUCUGCUCAAGAACCUCGCAUUUAUCCCGUCGAUACCACUCAGCUCCGCCAGAACGAUGCCUCCUCCACGUCCAAACGCGAAAGUAACGGCUUCAACGUCCGCCUGGACGAUUUGAGUGCCGCAGUUGACCUCAAACCCUCCGAAGGUCUUGACGGCCUAGCCGACAUAAGUUCCACUUUGCCCUUCACCUCAAAGGCCGCCAACACCAUCCCUACCAAGACCUUUACACCCCAGAACCUGGUCUUGCCCACUCUGCCCCGCGCCCCUUCCACGCCCACAAAGCUCACCCGCUCCUCAUGGUCAACCUACUGCACCACUUUCAGCGUCUACCUCGACAAGUUCGAAAAGUUCAACUCUGCACUACUUUCCCAUUUCACCACUCGUCAAGAGCGAGCGGCCAAGUUGGUAAAGGCCGGCAUCAAGGCUUUGGAAGCCGUGGGUGAGGCCUCCACCGGAGAAGGUUUCAUGAGCUAUGCACAAGCUGUCAAGGAAGACGAACGCGUGCGAGAGCAUUGGAGUGUGGGCUGCGAAAAGCAUGUCGAAGCGGUCAAGGAAUUUGAGGCCGUUAGGGAGAGGGUUAGAGUUCUCAGUGAAGGGGCAGGAUUGAGUGAGAUUUGAUCUCUUGACUUUUAUUGCUUUCGCACCUUUCCCCCUUUGUCUCUAGAGAGGAGAGUCGCGGACCCCUUGACCGUCUGCGCUGUGUUACCUGUGGCCUUCGACACUUUCUCUUUGGCUUUUCUGCACUUUUUUUCAUUCUCUUUUUACCUGGUUGGUACACUUCAUUUAGGGAAGGAAGGAUCAUCGACUUUGCUUUUUAUGAUGUUUGCAAAAACCAAGAGGCAGGCGCGAUCAUGUCUUUUCACUUUUUACACUUCUCUUCGUUUGGCGAAAACAGGCAUCGUGGAAGGAGGGAAGGAGCGAUUGACACUUCUUUUGUCGUACUAAAAAAGACAAGCGAGAGGCGUUUCUUUUUACUACGUACUCUAUAGCACAAGAUACUCUACACUUCCAGUUUCCUUGAAUGCUGGAAUCGCUUGACUACGAACGAGACUGUUUAUCUGAUAGUCAAUUCGAAUGUUUUGGCAUUACGCUUCGAUCGAGUAAA